GGGAACGUCCCCCACGACCCCGCUAAAAUCCGCCGACUGGUGGGCAUCCAAGCACGACGACUGCGACAACAGCGGCAACCUCACACAUCACUUCGAACCUACCUCAGCCGGACGUCGGCAUUAACCAUAACGACCCGUCGCUACACUCGAUCUUGCUUCUCGCUCAACCUAGACUUUAACCAAUCCAAUCGCCGCGCAAGGUGAGAGGAGCAACCGCAGGCCCAGGAGAGCCUGAGAUCGACCAGCAUCUUGGCGGGGAAAACGCCGCGCCACGGUGCAACCGCGAACCGCCACCGACGAGAAACCCAAUUCGCGCGCUAGGGCGCCCAUCCGACCUGCAGAGACAAAGUGCAUGUCUUCCGUGAUUGGGACGCUGAGCGUGCCGUGAUCAUCAUUUCCUCGACCCGCGACCACGAGCAAACCAGCCGACAGAGCGGCGCUCCUUCGUUUACCCUCCCUCGUUUACCCUCCCUCAGAGCUCUCAACUGUCGCAAGCCGACGCACACAACUCUGUCGAGCACCUGCCAGCUAGACGCUACGCCGAGAGCUCGAAUUCGGGGUGUUUUCCCCACACCAUUCUCCCGGCCGGUCCUUGACCCAUCGCAGGCCGACACCUCACAAAACUCCACGCACCAUGGCAGCAAGCGUCCCAAAGCCGGGCCCGGCCCAGCUGCAGCCCGGCGCUGGCCUGGACGAGUGGCUGGAAGAGGCUAAGAGGUGUCACUACCUCCCCGAGCCUGCAAUGAAGCAGCUGUGCGAGAUGGUUAAAGAGGCCCUUAUGGAGGAGUCCAACAUUCAGCCGGUUGUUACCCCUGUUGUGAUUUGCGGAGACAUUCACGGCCAGUUUUACGACCUUCUCGAGCUCUUCCGCGUGGCAGGCGGCAUGCCGGGCGAGACAAGCGUUCAGGCACCCAAGACUGUCACGACGGUCAUCACAUCAGAGGACCUAGAACCCCCGACGGAGAUUACAGACCCGAAGCUCAAGAAACAAAUCAAGAGCACCAGCUCCAUUACAGCAACAGAGAAGAGCCCGACUAGUGGGGCAGAGUCGACAGUCGAGUCCACGACGACAGUAACUGUCGAAGGUAGCGAAGAGGAUGGGAAAUCGGGCGCGAUGCAAUCCCCCGCCGCCGACACGCGAUUUGUCUUUCUUGGUGACUUUGUCGACCGUGGCUACUUCAGCCUGGAAACCUUUACUCUGCUCAUGUGCUUGAAAGCAAAAUACCCAGACAGGAUAGUUUUGGUGCGCGGCAACCACGAGUCGCGUCAGAUCACCCAAGUCUACGGAUUCUACGAGGAGUGCCAGCAGAAGUACGGCAAUGCAUCAGUGUGGAAGGCGUGCUGCCAGGUCUUUGACUUCCUGGUGCUAGCUGCUAUCGUGGACGGCUCCGUCCUGUGCGUGCACGGCGGUCUCUCGCCCGAGAUCAGGACCAUUGACCAGAUCCGAGUGGUCGCGCGCGCCCAAGAGAUCCCCCACGAGGGAGCCUUCUGCGACCUCGUCUGGAGUGAUCCAGAGGAUAUCGACACGUGGGCUGUCAGUCCCCGCGGUGCCGGUUGGCUUUUUGGUGACAAGGUCGCCACUGAGUUCAACCAUGUCAACCGCUUGCAGACGAUAGCCCGCGCGCAUCAGCUUGUCAACGAGGGUUACAAGUACCACUUCCCCGAGAAGUCCGUGGUUACAGUGUGGUCCGCACCCAACUAUUGUUACCGCUGCGGAAACGUAGCUUCCAUCAUGACUGUCGAUAGGGAUCUGAACACCAAGUUCAGCAUCUUCUCGGCCGUGCCAGACGACCAGAGGCACGUACCAGCUGGGCGUAGGGGCCCUGGUGACUACUUCUUGUAGGGGCCUCCACUCGUGUGGACAAGUCAUUUGAAUAGGAGCCAGGUCUUUAUCGGGAUGAGCUUGUAGGAGCAGCGUUUUAGGACUGAGGGCUAUUUGGGUUCUUUUCAUAGAGUGCGGCUAUGCGCUCAGUAUAGAAUAUCCUCAUGAGGUUCUGCGGGCAAGGCGCCUGAGUGGUCUUAUCACGCGCCUCUCCGUAUUGUCUACUCUAGUAUCGUUUUCUUUUUCCAUUGCCCCACCGAUAGGGAACGUUCCGUCCUGAGAGCAUUUGUGGACCCCUCAGCUUUGAUGUGUGGCUGAAAAGAGAGACGCUGCUGGCGGCAAGGUCGGUGCUGACGUUCACGCCCCGUUCAAUGGUUUGUACCAUUCGGCUCGAGGCUGAUGCCGCCAGGGUGGACACGAAUGAUGUCCGGGGCUCUCGUGCCUAUGCGUCGUUUCUCUUCAGUCGCUACAACACAUGGCGACAGGGCGCCUUGUGCUCGGGGUAGGUGUGAGCUGCUGCCCCCUCCGACGGACGCCAUCCUAGUGGCCAGAUGUAUACUCACUCCAUCACUACCCUGGUAUUUUAAUCAAUUUUCUGUAUGAACCA